UCUGGGGGGGGACUGGUUUGUGAGCCACUUCUCCUUAUCUGCUUAAAGUGUGUUUAGAGUCAGAAGAUCCUUUAAUGUCUGAAUCCUUAAUUGGAGAUUUGCUGGGACACUGGGCGAGUGACUUUCCCUCUCUGGGCCUGUUUCCAGCUUUAGGAAAUGGAGAGGGAUGGGGUGGGUGGUCUCUGACUUCCCCAACUUGGGGAAGGAUUUAGGAAGGGGGGGCACUCAAAGCAUCCGCUUUCCCCCCAAGAACACCCCCCCCAGUGGGCAGGCUCCUGUUCCAUCACAGAAAACCUGUCAUACUUUAUAAAGGCUCCAGCUUCUUAAGGGCUUGGAAGUGGCGGAGGUUCCAUCUUCACACUUAUGGCCUGGCCUUUCCCUAGCACCUGGACCCGCCCUGGCUGAGCAGGGGGUGUAGGGGCUCCUCCCCCCACUCCCCUCCACUCAGAUUCACACCCCGUCCAUCAGCCAGCUGGGUCUUCAUUCCUCGAGAGCCUGGGGGAGGGGUCAUCCAUGCUGUUUGACAGAAAGGGAAAGGGGACUUGGACUACUGAGGAAAUGGAGUCCUUGUUCCCAGAUGAUACGACGAAUUGGGACUCCGGGCGUCCGUCUAAUCCAGGCUCUCCAUUUACACGAGGAAGCUCCCAAGUAGGGGAGCGGCCAGAGAUUCAGAGCCAGGAGUCAGAACAGAGACCCCCGCCCCCUCUCCGGAGGCGCCGCACAGCAUGAGGGGGUCCCUGACUCAUUCAAGCAGGGCCCUAAACGUCAGUAAAUUCCCAAGGGCUCAGGAUCUCAGCAGAGAUGCGCCUUCUCCCUUGUUGUUGUUCGUCCUUCACUCCUUCUACCCCAGAGCUUCCAGAAAGCCUCAGCGCGUCACUGGGCGCACAGUAGGUACUUAACCGAGGGGCGUGGCUCAGAUCAAACAUUAGCGCCCUUCCCCUUUGUUUUCAUGGCACGUGAGCUUUUUCUUAAUUUCAAUAAAAUAUGCCCUCUCCUCACACCCAAUAAGUCUUUGAGACAAAGAUAAAAAAUAAACAAAAAACCUUCUGCAAAACCAACCAGCGCCUUGACUGCGCCUGAGAUACUCUGCAAUAUUCCCCACCCGCAGACCCCACCUCUGGGGCUCAUCGUUUGUUUCCACUAAUCUGCCUUUCGCAAGACUUUGGGAUCCUUCUUUCCUCCUCUUUUUUCCUCCCUUCUGAUUCCUCUUCUAUUCACCCCCUUUCUCUUCGUCCUCCUCUUUUCCUUUUUUUCCUUUCUCCUCUUUAUUCUGUUCUCUUCUUCCUCCCUUCUAUUUGUCCUCUUUCCCUUCUUCCUCCUCUUCUCUUCUUUCUCCUUUCUCCUCUUCUUUAUUCUGUUCUCUUCUUCCUCCUUUCCUUCCAUUAUUCCCCUUCCCUUCUUCCUCUUCUCCUCUUUUCUGUUUUUUCUCUUCUUGCCUUUCAUUUUUUCCUUUCCUUUUCACCUUCUCCUCCUCCUCUUUCCCUUUGCUCCCUCUCUCCUGCCUUCCUCCUCUUUCCUCCUCUCUCCAUUUCUCUUCCCUCCUCCCUCUUUCUCCUAUUUCUCUUCUCUUCUCCCGUCCUCUCUUUUCCUCCUCCCCCUCUUUCUCUUCUUUCUUCCUUUUGUUCUCUCUUCCUCCUUGGGCUGCCUACGGGCCGAGGAGGGUGGACUCUGGCUGGCGGGAGCUGGGAUCCAGGACGCCCGGCCCCACCCUGAGCGUUCUCCGUCCCAGCCAGGACUGAUUAAUGAUUACAGGGGCCGAAUGAAGGCUGCUGGCUUAGGUGCACCUCAAAGUCCACCUUGGCCCUGACCCCCAGCGGAGGCCGCGGGAGAUGGAGGCAGGAGCUCGGGAGGCCCCGGCGGAGCCUCCCCAGGAGGCCAGGGCUGUCCUUAACACCUAUGACAUCUUGGUGGUGGUCUUCUAUUUUGUCUUCGUCCUGGCAGUGGGGAUCUGGUCCUCCCUCCGCGCCAGCAGAAGCACCGUCGGCGGCUAUUUCCUGGCCGGGCGCUCCAUGACCUGGUGGCCGAUUGGUGCCUCUCUGAUGUCCAGCAAUGUGGGCAGUGGCUUAUUCAUCGGCCUGGCGGGGACGGGAGCCGCUGGUGGCCUGGCUGUGGGGGGCUUCGAGUGGAAUGCCACCUGGCUGCUCAUCGCUCUGGGCUGGGUCUUUGUCCCGGUCUACAUCGCGGCGGGCGUCGUCACCAUGCCCGAGUACCUGAAGAAGCGAUUUGGGGGCCAGAGGAUCCAAGUGUACAUGUCCGUCCUGUCCCUGGUCCUGUACAUCUUCACCAAGAUUUCGACUGACAUCUUCUCGGGAGCCCUGUUCAUCCAGGUGUCCUUGGGCUGGGAUCUCUACCUCUCCACUAUCAUCUUACUCAUCGUGACGGCCGUCUACACUAUCGCCGGGGGCCUGACUGCUGUCAUCUACACGGACGCUCUGCAGACGCUCAUCAUGGUGGGGGGAGCCCUGGUCCUCAUGUUCUUGGGGUUUAAGGAGGUGGGCUGGUACCCGGGCCUGCAGGAGAAGUACAGCGCCGCCAUUGCCAACGUCACGGUGCCCAACACCACCUGCCACCUGCCGAGGCCCGACGCCUUCCACCUGUUCCGGGACCCCGUGACCGGGGACAUCCCGUGGCCCGGCCUCAUCUUCGGGCUCACGGUGCUGGCCACGUGGUGCUGGUGCACGGACCAGGUGAUUGUGCAGAGAUCCCUGUCCGCCAAGAACCUGUCCCACGCCAAGGGCGGCUCGGUGCUGGGCGGCUACCUGAAAAUCCUGCCCAUGUUCUUCAUCGUCAUGCCCGGCAUGAUCAGCCGCGCGCUCUACCCAGAUGUGGUCGGCUGUGUGGACCCCGACAUCUGCCAGGCCGUCUGUGGCGCCCGAGUGGGCUGCUCUAACAUCGCGUACCCCAAGUUGGUGAUGGAGCUCAUGCCUGUGGGGCUCCGCGGGCUGAUGAUCGCCGUCAUCAUGGCUGCCCUCAUGAGCUCGCUCACCUCCAUCUUCAACAGCAGCAGCACGCUCUUCGCCAUCGACAUCUGGCAGCGCUUCCGCCGGGAGGCCACCGAGCGCGAGCUGAUGGUGGUGGGCAGGGUGUUCAUCGUGCUCUUGGUGGUCAUCAGCAUAGUCUGGAUCCCCAUCAUCCAGAGCGCCAACAGCGGGCAGCUCUUCGACUACAUCCAGUCGGUCACCAGCUACCUGGCGCCCCCCAUCACGGCGCUCUUCCUCCUGGCCAUCUUCUGCCACCGGGUCACAGAGCCCGGGGCCUUCUGGGGCCUGGUCUUCGGCCUGGUGGUCGGCGCCGUCCGGAUGGUCCUGGAGUUCUCGUACGGGGCCCCCUCGUGUGGGGAGCACGACGCCCGGCCCGCCGUGCUCAGGGACGUGCACUACCUCUACUUCGCCCUGCUGCUCUUCGGCCUCACGGCCCUGGUCAUCCUGGCGGUCAGCCUCUGCACGCCCCCCAUCCCCGAGGAGAAGCUCAUCCCCCUGACCUGGUGGACCCGACACCGCAGGGCUCCGGACCUGGACGGGCACUACCACGGGCACCCAGCCGGGGGUCGGGAGGCAGAGCGGUCGGCCCCGGACAGUCGGGCAGAAGAGCUCGUGUGGGAGGGCGAUGCCCUUAAGGAGGAGUGCCCAGCCCCGACCCAGUCCUGCUGGCAGAAGUUUUAUUUCUGGUUCUGUGGACUUUCUUCCGCUCCCGCCCCCGUCCUGAGUCCCGCAGAGAAGGCCGCGAUGGAAAGAAAGUUAACAAGCAUCGAGGAAACGCCACUGUGGAGGCUCGUUUGUGACAUCAACGCCAUCUUUCUACUUGCCGUCAACAUCUUCCUCUGGGGCUACUUUGCCUAGGUGGGCCCCCAUCGGUCUGGGAGGGACCAACCAUCUGGUAGCAAACUGCCUGCAAGGUCGGCGUCGGGAGUUGUGGAGGGAGCCCCUGAAAGGGGGCCGAGGUCAUCACGGAAGGUCAGUCAGGGCCGGCCGGGACGUGGGCCCACCUCAGCCGGUCCCCAACCACCUCCCCCUGCCCUGGUGAGUGGCGGCCACUGGACACGACCCCAGGCUUGGGCUCGAAGUUUCGUCCGCGUCCUCCUGGCCGUGUGCGAUCUCGGACAAAAGUGCUUCCCUGCUCCCUCCCUCCUGUGGCCCUUCCGGGUUUAGAAGCUCUUUCCUCCCGUGGCCCAGUGAGGGAGGGAGGGACAGGAUUGCCAUCCUCACCUCACAGAUGAGGAAGCGGAAUCUCAGAGAGGAAAAGUGACUUCCCGAGGACCAGAGAGCGAGUCGGAGGGCUGGUCUCUCCCAGCAGUGCUCCCAGUCUUCCAGACUGCCCCGAGCCAGCCGUCGUGGGCCUGGGCCAGGGAAGCUGCCAUCACGGGCCUGGACCAGGGAAGCUGCUCCCUUCUCUCCUCCUUUCGCCAGGUCCUCGCCUAUCAUCUCCUCACCCCAGGAGGGCCCUGAGGCCUGCCGGGAGCCUGGAGACCGGGGCUGGGAAGAUGCUCACCGGGUUCUAUGUGUCCCUCCCUUUCAAACUCCUGCCUCCAUCCCUUCCUGGGCCCCGACAGCUUUGCCCUGCUCUGUUGUGACAAUGGUGCUUUUCCACUCAGUGGCUCCCACUCUUAAGGACUGAAAUCCAGACUCUGCCCUAGUGUGAGGUAAGCAGUCUCGCCUCUCCGUUUUAUUCAGGCCGCCCGCCUCUGGCCAAACCCUUGUCUCCUCAUGUCCCAUCCCUUCCUGAGACCUUCACUCCCGAUGUUUCCCAUUCUUAGAAAGAACUCUCCAGUUGUGACCUGAUCCAGCUGUUUUGGAGAGGAAGUAAACACAGGCCCAAAGGGCUAUAAAGCCAUGUCUGCCCUUUGACCAGCAAUACCUCCGCUAGCCAGAAAGGUGAAAAAAAGGAAAAGGCCCCAAAGGGAGAGAUUUGUCAUUCUUUUCAUUGGAAAUGGAGGGGACACUCUUCGAUUGGGGAACAGCUGAAUAAAUUAUGAUGUGUAAUUAUGAUGAGCAGGAUACGCUCAGAAAAACCUGGAAAACCGUCCAUGGGCUGAUGCACAGUGAAAUGUGCUGUGUACAAAGUAACGGCAAUGUGGAAACGUGAUCUUGAACACGGCAGCAACAGGAUUAUACGAUGAUCAGUUCUGAUGGACGUGGCUCUCUUCAACAAUGAGAUGAUUCAGACCAGCUCCAACUGUUCAGUGAUGGAGAGAACCAGCUGUAACCCAAGAGAGGAUUGUGGGAACUGAGUGUGGUUCACAACAGAGCAUUCUCACUCUUUUUGUUGCUGUUCACUUACAUUUUAUUUCCUUUCUCAUUUUCCCUACUUGAUUUGUUUUUUUUUUUUUGUUUUGUUUUGUUUUAUUUUUCUGUUUUGUUUUGUUUUUUUGUGCAGCACAAUGAUUGUAUAAACCUGUAUGCAUAUAUUGGAUUUAACAUAGAUUUCUCUCCUGUUUAACAUAUAUUGGAUUACUUGCCAUCUAGGGCAGGGGGUGGGGAAAAGGGGGAGGAAAUUAGGAACACAAGGUUUUGCAAGGGUCAGUAGUGAAAAAUGAUCCAGGCAUAUGUUUUAAAAAUAAAACCUUUUAAUAAAAAAGAAA